UUUCUUGAGUGACUUCGAAACGAAAAUGUACAGGGAAGCUGUAUUUGUGUUGGCCCUUACGGCUGUGAGUUUAGGGUCCAUAUUGGAUGGUGAUUUGAAUAUAGCUGACGGUGUGAGAUUAGUAAGCGUACCAGUGUCUAAUAGUUUGGAAGAUGAGGGAAGAAGCUACGGUGGGAACUCGGUACUGUUCAGGAUGGCGAAGUUCCUUCAGGGCCACGAGCUGAUGGUGAAACUGCCGAAGCUGAUUGAGAAGGAGAAGCUGACGGAGUUCUUCGCUGACUCGUUGAAGACAGUCGAUGAGACUUACAAGGAUACCAAAGUGGCCGGGAGAGGACACAAAGGCGGCGGUUCUGGCGUAGCUUUGAUUGGCCUUAUGUUUGCCAAAGCGUUGGGCGCUGCGGGAAUCGGCGGCUUAGCCCUUCUCACUAUGAAGGCUUUGGCAGUCGCAGCGAUGGCUCUGCUCCUGUCUGCUAUAGUCGGUGCCAAGAAGUUGGCAUCUCAUGACGAUCACGACGACCACCAAGUCAUCUACGCUGGUCACCACGGACACCACAGAAGGAGACGAAAUAUCGAUACCCCGCUACCUUAUAAAGGCUGGGCGGAAUACGUUCCUCAUGCUAACUCGAGUAGUUAAAGGGGGAUUGUGAUUUUUGACGCACUUCUUGAACUAACUUCCAACCUUUACCCUACAAUGUUCUUCUCUCUCCUUUCUUACUUCCUACCUUUAUCUUACGAUGAAUUUAUGAUAGCAGUGUUUUGUUUAUGUUCUACGAAUCACAAUUUUUUUUUGUAUUAUGAACAAAUCACUGAGUGUGUCUGUGUGGUUUGCUCUCAUAUUGUCUUUAUAUAUAUAUUUAUUUAUUGACUUCUGAAAUCUAGUCCUCAAACUGCCUCACUAUAUAUUUAAAUAUAUGUAUCUAAAAGAAUUGGUUAACAUCAGAUAUCUUUAUUUUUAUUUAACUACUUUUUCUUUUAUAUUAUUUUUUGUUUCCUUCUUCCCUCUCUUUAUCACAUAAAUAAAUAUUUGUUUAUUUAUUUUCUGAGAGAAAGUGCGUGAAAUAUUCUCAAUUUACCUACGAAGAACUUAUUUAUUGUGUAAAUAUUAUAUAAGAUAAAUAUAAAUUAUUCACACAAUUUUCUUAUUGUUACGACAAAACUAAUUUAUUAAAGCUUAUUUAUUAA